GCCUCACAUCAGUUUAAUGAGCUCGUUCUAAAUGAACUUCGACAAAGGUUUUCGAUCCCAAGAGCCAGAGGAACCAUUCGCAGCGUAGCAAGCUCCUGUCUAAAAUGCAAGAGAUGGAACACGAAACCUAUGCAACCUCAGAUUGAUGCACCAGAAGCGAUUACACCAUUUCAUUUCAUUCUGGGCUCCUCUUCGGUCGUACCAUGGACCACGUCGCUGACAGACGCAGACCUUUCCCGACGCUGUGACUGGCGGAGAACCCUGCGCCUAGCAGACCAUUUUUGGGCACGAUGGCUACGCGAGUACCUACCAACACUUCGGCAGAGAGGGCCCAACAACAACAACCUUUUAAACCUUGGCGAGGGUGAUGUGGUGUUGAUCGCCGACCCUACGCUUCCUCGUGGUUUGUGGCCGCUAGGAAGAGUAGCAAAAGUUUACCUAGGACCUGACGGAGCGGUCCGCGUGGCAGACGUCCACACAAAAGGAGGCGUGCUGCGCAGACCGGCCCGGAAGCUGAUUUUGAUGGAGGCCGCGACCCAGCCAGUGACCACCAGUGGUUAGUGUUCCACUGGGGGUCCGGUAUGUUGGCGACUGGCUGGUGCGCGACCUCCUUCAUAGUUUAAAAUUAUGUCACUUUCAAAAACUGUCCUCAUGUUAUGAAAUAGAAUCAAUCGGCAGUCAGUCUGCCUUCUGUCACGAAACUAAAUAAGCUUGUGUUUGUUUACCAAUAAUUAAAAUUAGUGCAUUUAUUACAUGUUUUCAUCAUUUCACGUCAAUAAUAACAGUCCACAACCCCGCUAG